AUAUCUGGCUUCACUUUCACUCAACUCCCUCCUUUUUCUCUCGGAGUCGGUCGGACAGCAGCUCCAACUCCUCUCAUACCUGCGCAGAGCAUCCAGAGCCGCUUUCCUCCCAACAGGACAGUCGCACUGCAGCAAGCUGAGCGGAGCUGACGGAAAAUACUUUUUACAGCCGACAAGUCAAUCCAUCCUGCAUCAUCUGAAAUGCCGCUGAGAAGAAGCCGACAUGUCCAAAUACUUCCACUUCUCAUGGCAGUCUGCCGCCUCACUCUGGCCUUCCCCACGCAAACUCCGUCUGCACUCGAUGAUGUCCGGCAGCUCCAGGUGAACAUCCCUUACUCAGGUCCGGUUUCGGCCCCACUGGGCAGCUCCAUCUCCAUCCCCUGUUUGGUGUCUCUGUCCUCCUCCUCCUCUGUUGUACCACGGGUCAAGUGGACGGUGGUGUCCGGUGGAGUGGAGACACAGAUCUUGGUGGCACGGGGUCAAAGAAUAAAGGUCAAUGAGGCGUACCGAGACCGUGCCGCCUGGCUCAACUAUACCUCCUCCCCUGAAGAUCUGUCACUGUGGUUGGGAGAUUUACGUUCAAGUGACUCUGGUCACUAUCGCUGCGAGGUGCAGCAGGGCCUGGAGGACGCCAGCGACCUUGUGCAACUCAAGGUCAAAGGUGUUGUAUUCCACUAUAGAGAUGCUCUGGGGCGCUAUGCAUUUUCCUUCCAUCAGGCCCAGAGGGCUUGUGAGGCCAUCGGGGCUCAAAUCGCGACUCCUGACCAACUGCUGGCGGCUUAUUAUGACGGCUAUGAGCAGUGUGAUGCAGGCUGGCUGGCAGACCAGUCUGUCAGGUACCCAAUCCAGGUGCCCCGUGAAGGUUGUUAUGGAGACAUGGAUGGCCAACCAGGCGUGAGAAACUAUGGGACAAUGGACGCAGAUGAUCUAUUUGAUGUUUACUGUUACGUGGAGGAAAUUUAUGGGGAGGUAUUUCAUGACUCCAUCCCACAGCAGUUGUCAUUUGAUGAAGCGCAGUCUUACUGCAGAGCAGCAGGGGCAGAGCUGGCUACAACAACACAGCUUUACUUGGCAUGGAGUGAAGGUCUGGACCGUUGCAGCCCUGGCUGGCUGUCUGAUGGCAGUGUGCGCUAUCCCAUUAUAGCCCCUAGAGAGCGCUGCGGAGGGCCUCAGCCAGGCGUCAAAACACUCUAUCGCUUCAGCAACCAAACUGGCUUCCCAGAGCCAUCCAGCCUUCAUGACGUGUAUUGUUUCAAAGAUAAUAGAAAUACUCCCACUGACUCUCCCAUGGACUACAUGGCCACAGAGCCUGAAAACAUUGGACAAGAUGUUGUUAUUCUUAUGGAAACAGAUCAAGAGCUGCAACUGAACCAACAUGCAGAACAGGUGGAGCUCAAAGCUCAAAGGUUGCUGGAAUCGUUUCCCCUUGUCUCAAGCUCUUCUACUGAGGAAAACCUGGCUGGCAUGCACUCAACAGUGGUAUCAGGCACAACAGAGUCUCCUUUCAACACCACAGCUACAUUGAAUCUCCUCCAAGCAUUCAAUGAAACUUCAUCUCCUACAGAAAUCAGCUCCCAGCAACCUACAGCACCGAUGAACAACACUAUCAGCACCACAGAAACCUAUGAUUCCACACAAAGCACAUCAUUACUGCCCAGUGUUUACAAUGAGACAGAUUCCCACCCCAACCUAAACUUCACCUUUCACCAGUCUGAGCCUCAAAGCACCACGGAGUUUCCCAAAACAUCAUAUGCACCUCAUACACACAACCAGACAGUUCCAGACACACAUCCUGAAGAGAGCACAUCUGAGACACCAAAGGAUUCCCAAGAAAUACAAGAGACAAACUUGAAUUUUGACAGAUCUCUGGCCAAUUACAGUGAGACAGACAGUAAUCAUACUGAAGAGGAGAGGUUCUGGGAGGUGACCCCUAUGACCCUUGAUCCCGUGGUUCAGGUGAAGCUGGAGGAGGACGCAGCAGAAGGUCCUGUGCAGGUGCUUCUCUCAACUCAGGCCUCAACAGAAGAAGUUCUUACACAGCCAGCUCAAACUACAAAAUCUUCCAUUAUGGAACUGACCUCAAUGUGGGCCCCUCUGGAUGGGUCUGGAGAUAUUUCUCCAGAGAGUGACCUUGAUGUCGAAGCAGUGAGCUUCAUCUCCACAUCAGAUUCCUCCACUUCUGGUUUCACCACUCACCCAUCACCGUCUGCUUUGACUAGCAGUGCUCCUGCUGAGCCUCAGACUGCACUCCCCGAUCCAACCAUCUCAUCUGGGUCACGUCAUUCUGACAAACUGGACUUGGAAAUCCUCUCCACAGCAUCACAGUUGUGGGAGUCCUCCAUUUCUAGACAGGAAGGAAGUACAAGCUUAGAAACUGAAGAAACUGUCACUCUGGAAAGUGAAGAAAAACAGCUGCACCCGACAAAGUUUGAUGACAACCUCGUCUCUGGAGUAAGUCUAGCUACCACAGAGUCUCCAGAAGAGUCAAACACCUCUCAGUUGCCUACUGAUUCCUCCACAGCACGGUAUCAAACAUCCGAUUACCAAGUGUAUUUGGAUACUAUGACCACUGACUAUGAAGAGGCAAGUGGACAUGAACUUGCUACAGUUUGUGUUAAAGUUGCUCCAACUAUUGAAGAGGAAGUUACAGUUACCCCAACCCUUGAAGAAGGAACUGAAGUUUCCCCAACUCUUGAAGAAAGAACACAAGUUUCUUUCUCAUUGGAAGAAGCUAACACUGCCCCAACCCUUGACCAAGAUGCUAGCAUUGCCCCAACCCUUGACAAAGAAGCUAGCAUUGCCCCAACCCUUGAAGAAGAAGCUAGCGCUGCCCCACCCCUUGAAGAAGAAGCUAGCGCUGCCCCGACCCUUGAGGAAGAAGCAAGCAUUGCCCCAACUCUUGAAGAAGAAGCAAGCAUUGCCCCAACUCUUGCCCUUGAAGAAGAAGCUAACAUUGCCCCAGUUCUUGAAAAAGAAGUUAAUGUCAUCCCAACUCUUGAAGAAGAAGCUAGCCUUUCCCCAACAUUUGACGAAGAAGCUAGCAUUGCCCCAACCCUUGACCAAGAUGCUAGCAUUGCCCCAACCCUUGACAAAGAAGCUAGCAUUGCCCCAACCCUUGACGAAGGAGCUAGCAUUGCCCCAACCCUUGCCCUUGAGGAGGAAGCUAACGUUGCCCCAGUUCUUGAAAAAGAAGUUGAUGUUGUCCCAACACUUGAAGAGGAAGCUAGCAUUGCCCCAACCAUUGAAGAAGAAGCUAGUGUUGGCCCAGCUAUUGAAGAAGAAGAAGCUAAUAUUGUCCCAACCUUUGAGGAGGACUCUACUGUCUUUCCUCUUGAUUUACAAACAUCAAACUGGGUUCCACUGACCACCACAAUUGGACCCCAAGAGUCUCUGAAUGAUCUAGAGUACAGCAGAAAAACCUCAUCCAUCACCUCCACAGCAGCUCCAGGUUCCCCCUCAAGUACAAAACCCACUGCUGCAACUGCAAAGACGACGACUACCACCAUCACGGCCACCACACAUUGGUCCAAGCGCACCUGGAGCCCAGUAACCUCAGCACCGAAUGUUUUCCACAAGACCGCUGAGCCCAAGAAGGUGACAGCCUUCAUACCACCAGUGGAUCAAGGUCUGGUGGAUGUUGAGUUUAGUCUCACCCAGCCGCCCACCCUGCUUAUCUUGCCCAAUGAGAGGGCAGCUGUAGGCGGUACAGGGAAAGUUUCAGAUGCCUGUAUGGACGACCCCUGUCUCAAUGGAGGCACCUGCACUGACCGAGAUGGGCAGAUCCAGUGUCUCUGCUUGCCAACAUACGGAGGGGACUUCUGUCAGACCGACCUGGAGCGAUGUGAACCAGGUUGGGAUAAAUUCCAAGGUUUCUGCUACCGACACUUCAGCCAGCGUCUGAGCUGGGAGGUCGCAGAGCAGCACUGUCGCAUGAUGGGAGCUCAUCUGGUGUCCAUCUUAACCCCUGAGGAGCAGAAUUACAUCAACAACAACUACAAAGAAUACCAGUGGACUGGUUUGAAUGAUAAGACCAUUGAGGAUGAUUUCCGCUGGUCUGAUGGCAACCCACUGCUGUAUGAGAACUGGUACAGAGGGCAGCCAGACAGCUACUUCCUGUCUGGUGAAGACUGUGUGGUGAUGGUUUGGCACGAUGACGGACGCUGGAGUGACGUGCCCUGCAACUAUCACCUUGCAUACACCUGCAAGAAAGGCACCUCCUCAUGUGGUCCACCACCCAAGGUUAGAAACGCCUCAAUCUUCGGAAAAGGUCGACAGAGAUACGCAACCAACGCAGUUGUGCGUUAUCACUGCGCAGAGGGUUUCCAACAGAGACUAAAUCCUCUGAUCAGGUGUCUGUCUGGAGGCAGGUGGGAGAGGCCCCAGGUCGUGUGCAUCCCUGAGGCCGGAGGUCCAACCCAACAGCCUGAAGUGACAUCACAGAUCAGCGGCAACUCUGCAGCUGUUGAAGACGAGUUUGAAGCCACUAAAAAGACACUGCAGUACUGGGACAUUAGGUUUUAAAAGUCGACCACGCUUUCCUUGUCUUCCUUUCUUAAAUUCUGCUGUUGGAACACGACAAGGUGCCAAGAAUCAAAUGCUUUUUACCAAUGAAUGCACAAACAGGACAAAAUGAACCACAGACGCAUAAAGACACAAAGUGAAGUUUUCUCUUAGUCGAGAAGCCCAAGUGCACAGACAGGUUCUGUUUUCUUUAAAUGGAGUUAAACAUUACUACUUUUUGAUGUCCUUUAGAGUAUUUUCUACUGUGUUUUGAUUUAAUAUAGUGACCAGCAGAACUAAAAAGAGUUUAAAGUACAAAGAAAGAAAGAGGAAGUACAGUAAAUGUGUCAAUUCCAAAUUACUGUCAGCUCCAAAUCUACAUUACAAUCAGAACUGCUUUCCUUGUGGUUUUUGUCAUAUCAGGAACCUCUUUAUAAAAUGGUGCUAAUGUCUUUUAAACCUUUGCCUCCAACAGAGAUUUUUGUUUCCCUCUCAGCUUUCUCAAAGAAUCUAACGACUCCAAAGCACAAACUCAAUCUUAACAAAUAGUCAAUAAGUACUGUACAUAUAUUCAUUUUCACACCUGUGAUUACUGCUGUCCGCAUUCUUCUGAAAGAUAUCUUUUAUUUCCAGCAGACGCAGUUUUGUUCGUCAGCUUUAUGUUGUAAUAAAGUCUUGUAGAACAGAGCAAAGAAUA